UGGGACACAGGGACUGUUCUGUCACUGAGAUGGGACACAGGGACCACCCUGACACUGGGAUGGGACACAGGGACCACCCUGUCACUGGGGUGGGAUGCAGGGACCAGCAUCACCCUGACACUGGGAUGGGAUGCAGGGACUGUUCUGUCACUGGAGUGGGACACAGGGACUGUUCUGUCACUGGGGUGGGACACAGGGACCCUUCUGUCACUGGGGUGGGACACAGGGACUGUUCUGUCACUGGGGUGGGACACAGGGACCACCCUGUCACUGAGAUGGGACACAGGGACCACCCUGUCACUGGGGUGGGACACAGGGACCCUUCUGUCACUGGGGUGGGAUGCAGGGACCCUUCUGACACUGGGAUGGGAUGCAGGGACCCUUCUGACACUGGGAUGGGAUGCAGGGACUGUUCUGUCACUGGGGUGGGAUGCAGGGACCAGCAUCCCCCUGUCACUGGGAUGGGACGCACACUGGCGUGCCAGGAGCUUUCCCAGGAGGAAAACAGCUUCUCCCACCCAGCACCGACACCCCAAGGCCCCUUUGUGUCCAGGGAUGGUGCUGGAGCUGGGACCUGCCCUGAAGCCCACUGGAUCCCCAGGUUUGAGCAGCCUCAGGAGUUUUCCCUUGGGAGGGAUCUGCUGCCGCCUCCUCCUCCUCCUCCUCCUCCUCCCCCUCCCAUCCGUGGCUCUGCAGAAUCCUGUCACAGCCCCUGCGUGACCCGCCGUGGCACCGUGCCCGUGGAAAGCUGCAAACCCGACCCUCAGCUGCCAAAACAGCGUCAGAAAAAUCAGGAAAUCAGGAAGGCUGGAGAAAGUCUGAGCUGCUGCGACAACACCUGGGAAGGAGCAUUAUUAUGUGGUGUGACAAGGUUUGAUGAAUUCCUGUGUGCCUGGGGGAAGGGACUAAGGAGGAGUCAUUUGAUGCCACUAAUCAUGGCUGUGAUCCGGCACGCCGCGAUGUGUAAUGACAACGCUGAACAGGAAAAAUGGCACUCGGAUCCUCCGCUCUUCCCGCUCUAAUCUAUAUUUUACCACAUCUUUCUACCUAAUGAUACUUAUAAAUGUUAAUAAAUGACUACUUAGGCA